GAACGCAGACUCAACUCAUCCACCUGACCAGGUGGUGAAACCUCCUCCUCCCCUCCCCUCCCUGCUUCCCUUUUCCCUUCUUCUGGCGCGACAUGGGCCACCUCCUCUCCCUGACUCUUGUCUACCUGGCCUACCUGCUGACCGCAGGGAUGGCCUCCCAGCGUCAGCAGCAUCGCGUGCAGCACGGCCCCUGCACAUACACCUUCAUCCUCCCCGAGGUGGAGCAUUGCCAACCUUUGAAGGACUUCCAGGUGACAAACACCCUGCAGAGAGACUCGCCACCCGAUGCUGAGCCUGACAAAGGCGAUGCCAAGGACCGUUUUAGACAACAAGAAGGGCCUUCGUGGCAGGAGCGGAAGCUGGAGACUCUGGAGAGCACCAUGGAGAAUAACACUCUGUGGCUGCAGAAGCUAGAAAACUUCAUCCAGGAGAAUGUGCGCUCUGGUGUGGAGGAAAUAAAGAGGUCUACAGUGCACACCCAGACAGCCGCCAUGCUGGAGAUGGGAACCAACCUCCUGAGCCAAUCAGCAGAGCAGACUCGCAAACUGACAGAUGUUGAGACCCAGGUGUUAAACCAGACAAGUCGCCUAGAGAUCCAGCUGCUUGAGUACUCACUCUUUACAAACCGUCUGGAGAAACACAUUCUGCUACAGACUCAAGAAAUCGGACGGCUCAGUGAAAAAAACAGCUUUCUGGAACAAAGGCUUUUGGCACUUGAGGCGCGCUACGGGAAGGAGCUGCAGGACCUGCAGGGUGAAAAGCAGCAGCUUCAAGACGUUCUGGCGAGGCAGAGUCACCUGGUCAGUCAGCUCCAGGGUGAACUUGGAAGCUCGACGCUCAACAGCACCGCGCUGCAGAGGCAGCAGGCAAGGCUGACGGACACUGUGGAGCAGCUACUGACAAAAGUCAGCCAGUGCAAGGAAACGACCAAUACGCCCAAGAAGGAGAAACGCACUUUCAGGGACUGUGCAGAGAUUCUGCGAUCAGGAGUGAAGGAGAACGGAUUAUACAGCAUACGGCUGCACAACUCCACCCAGGACGUGAAGGUGUACUGUGACAUGAAGACCAGAGGUGGGGGGUGGACGGUGCUGCAGCACCGGAGGAACGGCUCCGUCGACUUCCACCGCAGCUGGGCCGAAUACAAAACGGGCUUCGGAGAGCCAUCAGGGGAACACUGGCUGGGAAACGAUAUCAUUCACAAGCUGACCAGCGCGCAGGAAUACAGUCUGCAAAUCCAGCUCCGGGACAGAGAGGGGAACGAAGCCUUCUCUCAUUACGAUCACUUCUACAUUGACGAUGAAAACCACAACUACAGCCUUCACAUCGAGGGGUUCAGUGGCACCGCCGGCAAAACCAGCAGCCUCACCCACACUGGUAGCCAGUUCAGCACCAAGGACAGAGACAACGACCGUUGCACUUGCAAGUGUGCACAGCUCUCCUCGGGAGGAUGGUGGUUUGACGCGUGUGGCCCAUCCAACCUGAAUGGCAUAUAUUACCCCGCUUCAUCCAAUGUAGUCCGCUUUAACGGCAUUAAGUGGUACUACUGGAAGGGUCCAAAUCUGAUGGCUACCAUGACAACCAUGAUGGUGCGUCCUGCUAACUUCAGAUGAAAUGGCUUCUGAUUGAUGGAUCCUUGGAAACUUUAUGUUGCAGACAACUAUAACAAUCAAUGGCCUUGAAUAAAUAUAGGUGGCGAGCGAAGCCUUCCAACCAAGACUGCCAUCCAGUUGGUCAACAACCCGAAAAAUGACUCUUAUGAGUGUUUCUGAAAGGGUCCUCCUUCUGUCACCACAUAGGACUUUUGGUAACGAGAUAAUAAUUGAAGGACCAUCAAGCACAACACUUUUGUUUUUUCGAACAUGUCAUGUUUAAAUUUAUUUUAAUAAGGGAGCGUACUAAACUUGGUGAGGUUUAGAAAUUAAAACAACAUAUUAGGUUCAGGAUAUAUAUAUAUA